AUGGAUGAUAUUGGGAAUCGCUCGCAGAUAAGACCUUAUCAUGAUCCUAGUAGUUUUAAUGCUGGUUAUUCCAGUGUUUACAGACCUGAUGAAGGGGUAAUUGAUGUCAAUGGACAUACGUUGGCGUCCAAACUAAAUAUUGCACAGAGCAUUGGUAGAACUACAUCCAGCGGUGUUCUCUCAGAAUUCUCUAAAGGUCGUAAACUACUUAGAAAUGAUAACGAUUCCAAAGUUAUUGGUGAUUUGGAAUGGUCAGAUUGUUUAAAUGUAGGAGUUUGGAAAAGAAUUAUAGGAAAUCUAUUGGAUCAAUUUGUGAGACGUUAUUUUAGACAUUUGAUCCAGCAACCCUUUGAAGUUGUCAGAUGUCUUUUACAGAUAGGAGAAUUUAACGAACUGAAUAAUAGUAAUAAUAAUAAUAAUAAGGAUAAGAAUCGAUUACCACAACCAUUAGAAUUAAGAGACGAAGAGGAACAAGAUGAAGAGAUAGACUUCUUCCCAAAGACCGGUGAACAAUUGGAAGGAGAAGCAGGUUUGAAGGACACUUCUGAGCCUGCUCCAGAGCAAGUUAUACACCAUCGCCAUGCAGAAAUUAAACCAGAAUCUAUGCACACGAUGGAUAUAGCCACAGCUGUAAUGGAUAAUGAAGGUGUGAGAGGGCUGUGGAAAGCUAAUAAUACAACAUUCAUCUACAACUUUCUAUCACUAACGUUAGAUGCCUGGUUUACAGGUCUAAUUUCACCGUUUCUAGGUGUACCAGACCCAUCAUUCAUGGAUUUAAUACAUUCACCAGACCUAAAGGCAUCAGUGCUACUGACCGUUUCAGCUAACAUGUUUACCAAGAUGUUUCUGCUUCCACUCGAUAUCAUUCGUACGCGGCUAAUUGUUACCUCUAUGCAGCACACCAAGGAUCAGAGAUCACUCCGUAACUUAACACAUCAGUGGUCAUGGCGCAAAGAUGGCUUUAAAAUUCCAGGUGAUAUGUGGAUCUUAACAGCAUUGCAAUCUGUUACAGGUGUAAUUUUCAACAAGUUGUUCGAUUUAUUCAUCUACCAUGAAUUCAACGUAGAGAAACACUCACAGAUUGGGUGGUACCACACUCUAAAGCUAUUAUCACAAACUGUCGAAAUGUUUGUCAAAUUGCCGCUAGAAAACCUAUUACGUCGUUGCCAAGUCAACUAUUUACUGGACACAAGUCGUCAUCCAAUACAAAGGGAGGAUCUGGUGGUAAAACCAAUCCCAUACACAAGUAUUUGGUCAUCACUAAAGGAUGGUCAUACCAACAGCGGUCUAUGGAACGGUUGGCGUAUCGUAUUAAUGAGUAUUGUCGGUGGGUAUGGUUUCAACAUUUUAAGCAUUGAUUCCAUCGAUAGAGAACAGGAGAAGUUUUAG